CUCGGGGGUGAUAAGGCCGCUAGCGGAUGGCUUCGGGGUUACCGAAGGUCGACAGUGGCGAUUUUGACUCACGACUUGCAACAGAGCAGCCCCUCAGUGCUCCCGCGUUCGUUUUGGAUUUGUCCCUGCCGUUGCUUAAAGUUCGUGAGCUAUGUCAUUGCAUAAACAGUCUAUGGUCUGGCUAUUGUUGAUGUGGAUUGAGGUAGUUCUAUCAACCCCAACUAAUGAGACGGGUCCCCCUCCGCCGACCUUGCACGUCGUCGGUGUGACUUUUGCUUCCGUUGACGUGUUUUGGGAGUACGAGGACGGGGCGCCAAAGGACGUCAAGUACUACGCCUUGAAAUAUUGGCCCAAUCAGCUUGAAGAUGGCUUCGUCGAUACAGUGGAUGUCACGACGAAUUCUUACAGUGCAUUCGGUUUAAUGCCGAUGACAGAGUAUGCCUUUGAAGUGUCGGCAGUCGAUCAAACUGGCAAAGUUGGACCUCCAUCGAACACUCUCAAGAUAACUGUAGCAACUGUCAGUUUCUCCUUGCUGAGGGCAAUUGAACGCGGACAUCUGUAUGUGGUCAAGGAUUUGCUACAGCUGGACCCUGAUAUUGAUGAGGGGGACGGCAUGUACUUGAAGAUGGCAUCUCAAAUGGGGCAUUUGGAAAUAGUCAAGUACUUGCUCGAGGAAGGAGCAGACCCUGACGCGGAUGAAGAUGGAGAAGCUGUUCAAGAAGCCGCCAAGAAUGGCCAUCUGGAGGUGGUGAGAGCCCUCCUCGAGGCUGGGGCAGAUGCUAACGUUGGCGACGGAAUCCACUGGGCAGCGGUGAACGAGAACGCAGAUAUUGCUAGAUUGUUGCACCAGUAUGGAUCUGAUGUCAACAAACCCCUCCCCGAAAGACCUUGGAAGGACCCUGAGACCAACGAGGAUUAUGGAUUCGGCUGGACGGCCAUGCACGUGGCAGCAAGGUGGGGGAAAACAUCCAUGGUUGACGUGCUCUACAACCUAGGCAGUGACCUGGCUGCAAGAGACCCUAAUGGCGACACUCCCCUGCAUAUCGCUGUGAAGUAUCCUCAGAUAUGGUUCGUCAGAGAGCUCUUGAAGUACUGCCCAGACCUGACGCUUGAGAACAAUGAUGGCAAGACGGUGAUCGACCUGGUGGAGGACCUCCCCCACGCCGUCUACAACAGCCUGAGUUCGGAGGAAGGGAUCAAGCUACGCCAACUCGUGGCCAACAUCACGCUCGAGAAGAUCAAGACUCACUCGAGCACCGAGGACGCGGCCGCAGCCCUCGAGGACGAUAUCGAGGCCCUUGUGGAAAGCAACAAGACCAUCAGCGACCUCGUGGAUGCCGUGGCUUCUACAGAUAGCCACGUGGACUACGUGCUGCAGGAGCUCUUCGAGGACACUGUUUACCUGGAAAUCGAAGAUGCCUUUGCAGAUCAUCUCUGCUCAUCGGAAUGGAGCAGCGGCGAGUGGAGGGUUAAACUGAAAGUAAGAUACGAGGCAGUGUGUGUCUGCAUCCAGGGGAAGGGGCCGACACUUCAAUUCAAACCUCUAGUGCAGCCAAAAGUGUGCGUAGACAAGCCUCCACGUACAGAAGACCCGCAACGUGGAAUCAAGCCAUGAAAACGGCAUAUAUACUACAUCACUCAACUCUCGCUCCAUAUUUACGGUUUUAACGACCUGGGAGCUUAAUAUUUCAGACGUUUUCUUAUUGUUUUACAAGUUACACUUGGAUGUAUUAAGGAUCUGUAAUACUCAACAAUUUCAAUAAAAGUUUUGUGGAUGAAUCUACAUAUUAUACUUGCUGCUGUCUGAAGUUACUUAACAAUAAGUACUUUGAUCAUUUUAAUUUUAUUGGCCAUGCCAACCCACUAAUGUGCAAUAU